AUGGUCACAUUGAGCUCAUUGAAAGAAACCGCAAGUAUAGGCUUCAUGAGUGCUCAACGUGAUAGGAUGCUUAUGGUGAUGGGUAAGUGCGAUGAUGAAGUUAGCGGAAAGACACCGUUGGAGGUUAGGCCUAUUGGGUAUUUAAGGCGGGACAAAGCUUGCGAGAAGGAGAAUGUUGCGGUGUGUCUGUAUAAUGACGUAGAUGGUGAUCAAGAACCAUUGUACUAUGACUACCUUGCGAAAUCUAUCAUCACUUGUGCUGAGGGAGAGAUCAAGAUGACUGGCUGCUACUAG